AUGAGCCAACAAUCACAAUACACAUAUUAUAAACUAAGAUUAGUGUCAUAUUUAGGAACGAUCGGAUUGUCACCUGUAACAAAUCUUCUUCCACCUACAUCUACGAAUAUCCAAAGUCAAACAUCUAGCAAUACGACAUCCUCUACACAAGUUGGCUCAACUUGGGCUAGUUCGGGAUUGAAUAUCGAUCUUGAUAACAUAAUGGGUAGUAAAGCGAAACACACUGGUCCAGCACUGACAAUGAACCAAUUGGCGAGCAAUAGCCCACAACAUCAGAUUAAGAUAACAUUAUUUUAUAUAUAUUAUUCCUUUUAUAUAGUGACUUCAAAUACGGACCUUUUGUCGGAUUUAGAUAGUUUAAAUACCCCAUCCAUGAGGUUACCUGAUGAUCGAAUAAGCAGCCCUAACAAUACAAACAUCUUCAUAGGAAUGAACAACGCGCCUUCCAACACCGUCAAUUACGCAGCCUGUAAAAACGAAGAGAAUGUUUCGUCAACUGAGAAUCUCUCGAAUAAUGCCGCCAAUCAAUUAUUGGAAGUGUUAUGCACCAUGUGCAGUAUUAAAAGUUCCGUCGAUUUGGAAAGAAUAAGAUCAUCUAUCUUGAACUAUACCAGAUUUUUACCGGGGCCUGUUACUACUCAAAAAUAUAGCGGUCUUGAUUCCAAUGCAAAAGUGGAUACUGUAUUAUAUGGAAGAAUCUUGGAAGAGAUAAUCGAUAAAUUCGAUCGCGAUUGGCCGCUAAUAAAAGAUAAAAACGGCUUGGAUCCCUUGAUCGAAAAAUUGAUAAUUGUCGAUGGUGCGACGGUUUUCAUGUUAUCGGAGUCUUUGAGGGCUUUAACUACAACUUUGAACGAGACCAAAGACGAAAGUAAAAUUCGUGUUGUUUCUAUAUUACUGGAAAAUCUGUUGAAAAGCGAUGCGAUAUUUUCAGGAAUAGUGGACGCAUGUAGAUACGAGGUGCAAUCUUACAUGCAAGAGGAAGAAUUAGAUCAGGCUUGGUUGAAUACAACACAAAUUUUGGUCUCCUUGCCCAACCGCGUAUCUAACAAAUUGCAGUUUAAUACACCUAAAUCAUAUACACCGCAAGUUUACGUGAACACGCUCUGUUUUCACAUCUCUCGCGCGAUAUCGUUUAUCAAUGCUGGAUUAUGCAAAUGUAGCAUUGAACCAAGAACAGUUGUACUCUCAUCUUUAAUUAGUAAGAUUGUAAUUAGCUUAAAACCGAUUAAUUUUAUCUGCUUCGUCGAUAUUUUGGAGGAGUGGUGUUUUGAAAAUAAAAAAAACGAGCGACACUUGGUCGAAAGCAUAUUUCGCGAAUUAAAUUCGGCCGCCAUCGAAUAUAUUGCGGUAUUAUUCUUGAAGCGUUGCGAUCCUAAGCUCGGUAUGCGUUCCGUUUUUGGAAAUUUAUUAAUGGAACAGAAUUGGAGAUACAUUUUAACGACGAAAAUACCUUUAAUGCGUUACUACGAGAACGAAAAUUUAAUUGUAAACUUGAUUUCCUACUUGUCAUGUUUUUUGAAUGAGAAUAAUAUUUUACCGGAAUUACUGAUCAAACUCUUGGAAAUGUGGAGCGACGGGAGUAUCUUGAAUCACGCAUCCGCGGAACAGCACGAAUACAUUACGAAGCUGAUUAUCCUGUCUGUAAAAACAUGUAAAGAUCAUUUAAAACAAACUGAAAGAGACCAGUAUCAGAAAUUAUUGCUUUCGGGAGUAUCUGUUCAUCUUGAGUGCACAAAUAUAUCUCUAAGAGCGAUGGGUAUGAUGACCGCUGAGAUUUGUAUAAAUUUUUUAUCUACCACGGAUGAUAUGCCAAAAUUAAAAUUUGAAUACGACAACAUGCCUACAAAAGUGUUGAAAUUACUCGAGUCUCUAAAGAAUCUAAAUGCAUCAACUGUAGAUGCGAAAGAACGAUACGGACGAAGCGACGAGUUGAUUACCGAGAAUAUCAUCUUCGAUUCUCUAAGUAGUAGGAAGAUUUACGAAUUGGGCGUCGAAUGCGAUAUCUUACCCGAUCUUGAGAAGAAGCUACCGAACGGAGAAAUCGAAGACAGUCCGUGUUCGUUAAAAAAUGACUCGUCGAUAAAGGAUAAUUCAACAAGUAAGAACAAAAAGGAGCAACAGAUGGGACAAGAUUGUGAGAACACUUCAGAUCUGGAUAGCGAUGAUGAUCUAGUUCCUUAUGAUAUGAAUGACGACAAACCGUCCAAGAAAGUACGCCCGAUGUAUCUACGAGAUGUGCGCGAUAAUUUAACAGACGAACGAACCAUUUCCGAUCCCGAUAUAUUCUCCGAAUCCUUAUCGGUCUGUGAAGAACUGAUAUUAACACAGCUACCGAACGACGAUGUAUCCUUUGCUAUAGAACUCUUGCAACUUCUCGUCACAUUGAAGCAACAUUGUUAUUUCGAGAACUUUGAACUUGUGAUCUUCAAAUCUUGCGUAGCGAUUGUGACCGUGUAUCCGAAAGAAUCUGCCGAGUUUCUGUGUAAAGAGUUUUACGAGGACGUCGGAAAGUAUUCGCUCAACCAGCGCUUAUUGUUUCUGGAUAUACUAGCCGAAUCUGCCAAGCAGUUAUCAAAAAUCCAUGUUGAUAACACAAAUAACGACGAAGUUGAUACGGCGAUUAAGGAGAAACGAAUUCCGAGUCGGAUAUCGCUCUUUAUGGAUACGGAGGAACGUAAGAGACAACAAGUAUGGUACGAGGAAGAUAUCGACAUUGAUCUAGAAGCAUCGAAAGAACAAUCUAUAGACUGGCAAGAAAUCGUCGACAAGAGAAUUGCAUCGCGUACAAGACGAUUUGCUCAUAAUAGCCUCUCAAAAGCUCCCAAAGUAUACAUUAAUCACUUUGGCAAUGUCGUAUCAUCAUUUUUCUAUCCGCUUCUACACGGUUUUGGCCAUUACGAUACUUAUAAAUUGAAAGGUUUGAGGAUUUAUACAGAUCAAGAGAACAUAUUACUGCUACGUUUCCUGAAAACAUUGUCCGCCAUAAUGUUAGCAGCACAGAAUUGUCCAUUGGCACCAAAGAUGGGCAAGGAAAUAUUAGAACUUACCUGGACAGUGAGGAAUCAUGAGGAAGCGACAGUGAGAUUAGUUGUUACAGAGAAUAUUGGAUCCGUGCUCAUCGCAGUGCCAAAAGAUGCUAUUGUUGAUGAAUUGUCUGAGCCCCUGAUGGAAAUAAGAGAAUGGCUUAUAUUGUCACAGAAUGUCAUCUAUGGCGAACACGAUGCGAAUUGUAGAGCUUUAAACGCAAAAGUGUUGUCCUUCAUUGACACGAUAUUUGGAUCUACUUUUCAUAUCGCAUAGACUAGAUUAGAGAGAAUAGUAGUCACAGUCAUGUUAUUACAAUAUUGUGUCAGAAAUAAUUCUUUAUCAUUUUUAUAGUAUUAUAUAGUAAUUAUAAAUUUAUUUAUGUAUAUGUGUACAAUGUAUACAUACAUUUACAAAUAGAAUACAUUUCUUUUUAGAAUUAAUUUUUCUACUUAAAUUACAAAGAAAGAUUACGUUGUAAAAUUCAUAAUUUUAUAAAGGAGGGUGAUUACAUGUAAUAAAAAUUAAAAUAAAGGCUUUAUUGUAUAGUGUAAUUUUAAAAAUUGAUAAUUCAAUCAAAUAAAUUAAAUCAUAUAAUAUGAAUAUCUCAACAAUAUUAAAAGAAUUUGAAUUCCAUGAGGUAAAACGUUCAAUUCAUUGACAUAAAAUGUAAUAUUAAAUAUGUGUUUACAAUGAGAUUAUCAUGAUUAUUUUCAUUUAUAUUCAUGUUAUAUAACACAUAUAUUAUACUGAAUAAAAUUUUAAUGCAAUAUUUUAUUAUUACAUAAUAUAAACAUAAAUUGUAAUAAAUGAAUAAAAUAAGUCUACUUUUUAUUUGUAUAACUUUUCAUUGAAACACAAAUUUUUAUACAAACAUGGAUAUAUAUGAGCCAACAAUCACAAUACACAUAUUAUAAACUAAGAUUAGUGUCAU